AAAAAGUUUAAAUAUCAUAUUGCAUUAUUUGUAUAGUCCUCAUGUGUGACCAAUGAUAAUGUAACUAAUUUUUGAUGCGUUAACCAAUGACUAUGUGACAUCUUUAAUGGCGACCUAGCAACAUCGUCGUCCUGAAAUACGAAUAAAUUUAUCGUACAAAACAUUUUGUUACGAAAUCGCUUAUUUAGUGUUACAGAUUUAAUUAUUUUUUGUUUGUUCGCAAGUACUGUUUCGCAAAAAAGAGUUCAACUAUAGCAAAUGAUUGAGGUUGUGUUAUGUCGAGUAAUUUUGCAUAAAUUUAUAUAUAGUGGUGAUUAUAUGUUUAAACACAAAAGAUGUUUAAACACAUAUUAAAUUACUUUAAACCAAAAAAUGCGGAGCACGCUGCUGUAAUUAAAUUUCGUCUUUCUGUAGCGUAUGCAAUUUUAGGGUGGAAUGCCUUUAUACUCAUGUUCUACAGAGUGAUAAAUCGUGACUUACCGACAGAUCCAGAUGAACGAAGAAAUGUAAUGAUAAGUAAGUUAAGCCCCGUUAAAGAUAUAAAAAUAAUGCGUGUUGAUGGAUUAACUGUAGUAGAGGAACGUAGUAUAAGUGCAGCUGAACUUCAAGAAGAAGUACGUUCAAAACAGUCUACACAAGAGUGAUGUAAAUAUAAUUUGUGGUGGUAAUUGAGCAUACAAAGUGUAUAUUAAUUUAUAGAAGACUAAUAAAAUAAUUUUUUUCAAAUUU